AUGAAGGGGGCGCAGGGAGCCGAGCUCUGUCUCCUGGGGACCGGGCGGGGUGCUGAGCCGGCAGGGCGGAAGGAGGGGGCAGUCUGGGGCCGAGAGGCUGGCACAGCGAGGUGGGGGGGCGGGUCUGGCACAGGAGGGGCGGAGGGAGAGGCGAGGCUGCCCAGACCGGGCCGGACAGGAGGUUCCGGAGCGCCCCGGGCCGUGCCAGCCUCCCCCGAGCGCCCUGGGCGCAGCCGGCAUGAAGCAGAGGGAGGGCGACGGGCCCGGGCAGCCGGUGCCCCCCAGCUACGCCGGCGAUCGGCCGCGGGGGGGCGGAAGCUGCUGCUGGGGGGCGGCCGGGCCCCCCGCGCUGGCUGCGCGUCCGCCACCGUCUGCGCCUAUUCCUCUGCGCUCUCGCUGGCCGCGCUGCUGCUGGUGAUUUACUACGGGCUGGUGUGGGCGCCGGGGGCCCGGCGCGGAGAACGGAACCGAAGCCCGGCCCGCGGCCCCGCGGCUCUGCAACCACAGCGGCCCGGGGCCGGGGCAGCGGGAGGCGGCGGCCGAGGGGCCCUGGACGGC